AUGCCGUUCAGCAACCACAACAAACACAAGCUGAAGUUCUCUGCCGAGGAUGAAUUCCCGGACCUCUCCAAGCACAACAACCACAUGGCCAAGGUCCUCACCCUGGAUCUCUACAAGCGCCUGCGCGACAAGGAGACGCCGAGCGGCUUCACGCUGGACGACGUCAUCCAGACCGGGGUCGACAACCCUGGUCACCCUUUUAUCAUGACUGUGGGCUGCGUGGCCGGGGAUGAGGAAUCCUACGAGGUGUUCAAGGACCUUUUUGACCCCGUCAUUCAGGACAGGCACGGGGGGUACAAACCCACCGACAAGCAUCGCACCGACCUCAACCAUGAGAACCUCAAGGGGGGCGAAGACCUGGACCCCAAAUACGUGCUGAGCAGUCGCGUGCGCACGGGGCGCAGCAUUAAGGGCUACUCCCUGCCCCCCCACUGCAGCCGGGGGGAGCGGCGCGCCGUGGAGAAGCUGUCGGUCGAGGCCCUGAACAGCCUGGAGGGGGAGUUCAAGGGCCGCUAUUACCCGCUGAAGGCCAUGACGGAGCAGGAGCAGCAGCAGCUCAUCGACGACCAUUUCCUCUUUGACAAACCCGUCUCCCCUCUGCUGCUGGCUUCCGGGAUGGCGCGCGAUUGGCCGGACGCCCGCGGGAUCUGGCACAACGACAACAAGACGUUCCUGGUGUGGGUGAACGAGGAGGACCAUCUGAGGGUCAUCUCCAUGGAGAAGGGCGGCAACAUGAAGGAGGUCUUCAGGCGCUUCUGCGUCGGGCUGAAGAAGAUCGAGGAGAUCUUCAAGAAGGCCGGGCACCCCUUCAUGUGGACGGAGCACCUGGGUUACAUCCUGACCUGCCCCUCCAACCUGGGCACGGGGCUGAGGGGGGGGGUCCACGUCAAACUGCCCAAACUCAGCCAGCACCCCAAAUUCGAGGAGAUCCUCCAUAGGCUGCGCCUGCAGAAACGGGGCACCGGUGGGGUGGACACGGCGGCGGUGGGAUCCGUAUUCGACAUCUCCAACGCCGACCGGCUGGGCUUCUCGGAGGUGGAGCAGGUGCAGAUGGUGGUGGAUGGGGUCAAACUGAUGGUGGAGAUGGAGAAGAAGUUGGAGCAGAACCACCCCAUAGACGACAUGAUCCCGGCCCAGAAGUGAACGCCGCCCCACAACCCAGCGACCCACGGCCCCACAGAUCGCCGCCUGCCCGACCGCAGGAGCUGUGGGGCGGAUGGGGGGACCCCGAAUCAGGGCCGGGGGGCUGCAAUAAAGUGGGGCUCUGUGGGGUCUUUAUACGGUC